AUGGCUUUGCAUAAAUUUUCCAAAACAAAAUCAUUUCAUGUCGAUUAUUGUGGUUGUACAGCAGCAACAUUACUUUUAAAUGAAUCAUCAAUACGAGAUGCAAUUAAUUUCAUUCGACAAAUUAAAUCAAAACGUGAAUUUGUAAAAACAACAAUAUCAGUAAGCAGAGAUGGUGUUAAAAUUACCUACGAAAAUGAACAUAAAUAUUCUACACAUGUAUCAUCAUCUAUGAUUGGUGGUUCAACUAUUGGAAAAUCUUCUUUUCAUGAUACUAUUGGUGUUGUUUAUAUAUCACCACUUACUGGUCGUCAUUAUCCAGCAUUUGUUCAUGUAUACCGGUGUGAUUCAGCACGUACUGCUCAAAAAUUAAUAAUUCGUCUUCGUGCAUAUACGCUUAAUGAAAAUCAUCGUUCAAAAAUUGUACAACUCGAACAACAUUUUCUUCAACAUAAUUUACUUAAUUUAGAUCAUAAUGAUACUACAAAAUCACAAUUAUCAAAUACAACAACUUUAAAUUCUAAUAAAACAAAUACAAACAUUUCAUCUUCAUCGACAAGUACUAGUAGUCGACAAAAUAAAAUCGAUCCUGUUAAAUCAAUUACAGAAGAAUUUCAAAAAAAACUUGAUUCACAACAACCUCUUCUAUUUCCACCAAAAGAUUAUGACACAGUACGUGCAGCACAUGGCAACGUUCAACGAGCACAAGCAUGGAAAAGUACAGAGCCGACAAUCGUUGGUUAUAUACCGAUCGAUCCAGAUCAUAGUCAAAAACGACGACAAGCAUAUUCAAAUUAUCAUUCAUCGAGUAACAACUCUACUGGAGAUGAAUUGAAAAAAUCAGAAUUAAGCAAUGGUGUUAUGGAAAAAAAAGGAAGAUCACGUUUUUCAACUCAAAGAAGUGAUACCACACUUGAUCCGGUAGAAACUGUCAGUUUAGCAUUUGAAUUUCUUAAAGAUGAAACAGGUUCAAUACUGACUGAUAAUGAUGGUAAUAUUGAACAUAUUGAAAGUGAACAACAAGAUAAACAACCAAUUUUUCGUUUUCGACCACCGCAAAUUACUGCUAUUACUAAAAAACUUUUUACUCGUAAUAAUAAUUAUGAAUUACCAAAUAGUUUCCCACAACCGAAUACAUCAUUGAAGAAUGAAUUAGAUGCUUAUUAUCAUAAUACUCGUUAUCAACAUCAACAAGUACCACAUGGACAUCGAACUCGUUCUGAAACAAAUUUAUUAUAUGAUCCACAACCUAGAAUGCAUCUUAGUCCUCGUUAUGAAAGUCGUCUUGUCAACGGAAGUGGUGCACCUAUUUCGACAAAUCCACUUUGGACAGCUGCAUCACCUGUAAUGAUCGGUUCACAACCAAAUUUAUUAUCAUAUGAAACUCCAAUCGUUCAAGCACCUCAUAAACAUCGAUUGAGUCCAUCAACUGAACGACGAAAUACUUCAGCACCUUUACAACAUCCUCUUUAUGCAAGUUAUCCAAAUAAUAGACCAUCUGUAACGACACAACUACAAGAAAGUCAACAAAAACGACCAGGACCAGCACCGCCACCACCACCAUCGAACGCUAAUAGAAAACAACCAACAAAAUUGCAAUAUCUCGAUACAAAUGAAUUUAUUCUACGUGCAUCUGAUGGACAAAUAUUAAAUAAUUCUCACUAUUCUAAUCGACCUGUAGCAGGUAUAUCACGAGAUUAUAGACCUCAUUCAAUCAACGUAAAUGGCCAUGGUAGCACUAUGCUCGAUGUAUACUAUUGA